CGCACCGACGAGCCCGGCGUCUAUAAAUUGCAGAGUUCCUCCUCGAGGGAUUCUCCACAGAAGAUUGCGCAACCGAUCGAAGAGAAAUCCAGAUCCAAUCGCCGUUUAGCCAAGAUGCAGAUCUUCGUGAAGACCCUGACCGGCAAGACCAUCACCCUAGAGGUGGAGUCCUCUGACACGAUCGACAACGUUAAGGCGAAGAUCCAGGACAAGGAGGGCAUCCCGCCGGACCAGCAGCGCCUCAUCUUUGCUGGCAAGCAGCUUGAGGAUGGCCGUACCCUCGCCGACUACAACAUCCAGAAGGAGUCCACUCUCCACCUCGUCCUGCGCCUCCGCGGUGGCCUUUAAGCUUGCUCUGAUGAUGCAGUUCUUUGUCGUUUAGGUUUUCAGUCUUUAAUUUAGUUGCUUUGCGUUGUCUGUCUCAGUAGGCAGUUCUAUCGUGGAUUGAGAUCAACUUGUGUUUGCUACUUUGCUCUGGAGAACA